ACACAGCUAACGGCACCACUUGUUGCCUGCCUGCACCUGCCAAAUCCUCUAGAGAAGAAAGAAAAGGAAAAGGAAAAAGAACAUGCAUCUCUAAUUGCGACCGAAGCUUGCCGACCUCGGCCCGGCUUCAGAAUAGGGGUAUCAACCCGUUGACCCGUUCCAACUCCCAAGCCGCCAACCAACCUCCUCAUGCGAACAUCUUCUUUCUGGUCCGCUAGUUAGAACCGGUCUACAUCUCGGAUUCGCAAAUCCUUAACUAUCCAGCAUACUUCUACAAUUUUACAAUAUAUACCAAUUGUCUCCUGCCAUGGAGGAGCAACUGGACCGGCUGGUGGAGAAGGCAUGGAAAGGGUUCCUCGAGACACCUGAGAACGAGCGCUUCUUAAUUGCCAUUGGCGGCAUCCCCGGCUCAGGCAAAACCACUCUUUCCAAGCGCCUCACCGCCGCCCUCAACGCGCGCUACGCCUCCGAGCAUCCCUCCCAUCCCCCAAUCGCCGCCUUUGUGCCCAUGGACGGCUUCCACCUCACGCGCGCACAGCUGGACGCCAUGCCCGACCCGGUCACGGCACACGCCCGGCGUGGCGCGGCCUUUACCUUUGACGGCGAAGGGUUUCUGAGGCUGGUCCAGCGCCUGCGGGAGCCCCUGACGGACGCGACCACGACCGUCUUCGCGCCCUCCUUUGACCAUGCCGUCAAGGACCCCAAGGAAAACGACAUUGCCGUGGGGAGGACUCAUCGGAUUGUUGUGCUGGAGGGGAACUAUAUAUUACUAUCUACCCCACCCUGGGUUAAAGCAAGCCAACUGGCCAACCUGAGAGUUUUCAUCAACACGUCAGAGGCAACAGCGCGCGCGCGGCUCGCUGCGCGGCAUCUCGCAGCAGGGAUCGCGGCAACGGCGGCCGAGGCGGACCGCCGUGCCGUCGAGAACGAUCUGGUUAACGGGGCCGAAAUCAUUCGCCUGCGGGUUCCCGACGUACAUGUCAACAUCGAGAGCGUGGACGAUGAUUCCUGGUUUUGAUCUUUAGCGUUUCUGAUCAGGCUACCUUGUGUGAUACUGACAGCAGUUUUUGUCCCUAAGCUCAGCCUGCUGGAAUGCCAACAAUUCCCCUACUCAAACACGUUAUUCUACAAUACAUUGCUAAAAGUCUUCCCUAUCCCGAUGCGCGCUGCUGCGAAGCGCUCCCAUUGACCACCAGACCCUCGAGACCGGCAGGACAUCUUCCUGUUAAGGAUAGCCAUAAUGAUAGCUUUCCAUCCUGAACGAGACGGCCUGUAGUCCAGACGCCCAAACUCC